AUGGGCAUCUUCGAAGCUGGUUUCGAACGCCCUUCACCAAUCCAAGAAGAAUCAAUUCCUAUUGCACUGACGGGUCGAGACAUUUUAGCUCGAGCCAAGAACGGCACCGGCAAAACCGCCGCAUUCGUCAUUCCCACUCUGGAGAAAGUCAACACGAAAAAGAGCAAAAUCCAAGCUCUGAUUUUGGUGCCCACUCGUGAGUUGGCUUUACAGACAUCACAAGUAUGCAAGACGCUAGGCAAACAUUUGGGCGUCCAGGUUAUGGUGACCACCGGUGGUACGACACUGAAGGAUGAUAUUAUGCGUUUGGAUGAGACAGUGCACAUUGUCGUAGGCACACCAGGUCGUAUUCUGGAUCUGGCCAGUAAAGCCGUGGCAGAUUUUUCAGAAGCCUCCACGUUUGUGAUGGAUGAGGCCGACAAGUUACUGUCGCCCGAGUUCACCCCCGUCAUCGAACAAUUGAUCCAGCAGUUUCCCAACGACCGACAGAUCAUGCUGUUUUCCGCCACUUUCCCCAUGGUCGUUAAGACCUUCCGCGAAAAGCAUCUAGUCAAGCCUUAUGAAAUUAAUCUGAUGGACGACCUCACCCUCAAGGGUGUCACGCAGUUUUAUGCCUAUGUCGAAGAAAAGCAAAAAGUCCAUUGUCUGAAUACACUCUUUUCAAAGCUCCAAAUCAAUCAAUCUAUCAUCUUCUGUAACUCGACCAACCGUGUGGAAUUGCUGGCCAAGAAAAUUACUGAGCUGGGUUAUUCGUGCUUCUACUCACACGCAAGAAUGCUUCAAAGCAACCGUAACCGUGUAUUCCAUGACUUUAGAAGCGGCGUAUGUCGAAACUUGGUUUGCUCAGAUCUUUUGACGCGUGGUAUCGAUAUCCAAGCUGUAAACGUUGUAAUCAACUUUGACUUUCCCAAGAACGCAGAAACGUAUUUGCAUCGUAUUGGCCGCUCUGGUAGAUAUGGCCACCUUGGUUUGGCUAUCAACCUUAUCACCUACGAGGACCGAUUCAACCUGUACAAGAUCGAACGUGAAUUAGGCACCGAGAUUGUUCCUAUUCCUGCAGAAAUUGAUAAGCGUCUGUAUGUGGCACCCAGUGCCCUUGAAGACGCCCAGCCGCAAAAGCCGGAUGCAGAGGCGGCAGCAGCAACCUUGGCAAGUCAGCAGCAGCACAAUAAUGGCGAUAGAAACCAUCAUCAUGCAAACGGUGGCGGCGGCGGCGGCAAUAGCAGAGGAGGGCCUCGAGGUGGAGCCAGUAACGGUAGAGGAGGCCAUCAUCAUCGUGGCGGCAACAACGGCCAUCGACAGAACGGACCGCGCAGAAAGCCUGUCCCACUCCCCUAA